AGCUCACCAGUGCUCAGCUCAUGCCUACCGGGAAGGAUUCACAGCACACUUGUCCUCAGAAGUCUAUCAAUGUUCUUCACGUCUAUUGUGUAUACUCCAGACUCUCGGGGCUCAAGCGCCCAAGUGCGCGCAAGAAAGAGUCCGAGGAGUUUUCCGGACAGUGUCGUUGUAUCAUUCCUCAAGAUGGCUCAGGCUGGUGACUGUCACCAUGCAUAUAGCGAAGGCUUUAUUCUACCUCUAUCACCUAGCUACAGUGGCCCAACAUUAUCGACUCGCUAUGCUUAGCUCAUCAUUGCCAUGGACUACUAGUAACCUGCUCCGCCGACCGACCAAGGAUCACAGUAUGGUGAUUCGGAUCCCCGUGAUUUCUUUGGAGUCCGAGAUAGCCAUUUUUCCUGCUGUAAAACUAGAAGUUCUACACAGCCCUGCACGCACAAUGGCUUACAUGAUCCCUACAACGGUGUGGUCAUGCCUUAAUUGUAUAGCUGACGUGUCGGCGAGUCAAAGCAAAAAUUAAAAAAAGACUAGACUUACACUCUCUACCUAGUCCACAGUAUACGC